GUCGCCCACGCGCAGGUCUCUCGCGCAUGCGCGUUAUCAAAGCCUUUGCUGUAGAGCGGGGGGCGCGUGAGCAGGCUCGGCACCGCAGCGGGCACCACAGCGAGGGAGCGGCCCAGGCUCCUCCUUCCCCUCCCGUACGCGGCGCCGCCGGCCGGCUCCCCUCCCGCCUCAGGUGACAGGAGCCCGGGGAGCCGGCUCGGUCUCGCCGCCAUGGCCGGGUCGCAGCAGCCGCCGCCGCCGCCGCUGGAGGACGAGGAGCCGCCGCUGCCUGUCGAGGACGCGGAGCUGGCGCUGGCCGGGAUCAACAUGCUGCUGAACAACGGCUUCCGCGAGUCCGACCAGCUCUUCAGGAAAUACCGAAACCACAGUCCGUUAAUGAGUUUUGGGGCCAGUUUUGUCAGUUUUUUGAAUGCCAUGAUGACAUUUGAAGAAGAGAAAAUGCAGUUGGCAUGUGAUGAUUUAAAAGCCACAGAAAAACUGUGUGAGAGUGAAGAAGCUGGAGUUAUAGAAACAAUCAAGAAUAAAAUUAAAAGGAAUGCUGAUGGCCGAAAAUCUGCACCAUCCAUGAUGGAUCGACUCCAGAGACAGAUAAUUGUAGCAGACUGUCAAGUUUACCUAGCUGUGCUUUGUUUUGUAAAACAGGAAUUGUCAGCAUACAUAAAAGGUGGGUGGAUCCUUCGAAAAGCCUGGAAAAUUUACAAUAAAUGCUACGUGGACAUUCAUACACUUCAGGAAGUAUAUCAGAAGAGGAUAACUCAGGAAUCCUUGACUUCUGAUGCUGCAAAUGAUAAUCAUAUUGCUGCAGAAGGUGUAACGGAGGAUUCACUAAACAGACUGAAAGGUGCUGUUAGCUUUGGAUAUGGACUUUUUCACCUUUGCAUAUCCAUGGUGCCCCCAAACCUGCUCAAAAUCAUCAACCUGCUGGGUUUUCCUGGAGACCGCCUACAGGGGCUUUCAUCACUGAUGUAUGCAAGUGAAAGUAAGGACAUGAAGGCCCCUUUAGCUACAUUAGCUUUGCUGUGGUACCACACAGUAGUUCGCCCCUUUUUUGCUUUGGAUGGCAGCGAUAACAAGGCAGGACUGAAAGAGGCUAAGGAGAUUCUUCUGAAAAAAGAAGCUGCUUAUCCAAAUUCUUCUUUGUUUAUGUUCUUCAAGGGAAGAAUACAGCGAUUAGAGUGUCAAAUCAACAGUGCCUUGACCUCCUUUCAUACUGCUUUGGAACUUGCAACAGAUCAGAGAGAGAUCCAACAUGUCUGCCUAUAUGAAAUUGGCUGGUGCAGCAUGAUAGAAAUGAAUUUCAAAGAUGCAUUUGAAUCCUUUGAAAGGCUUAAAAAUGAAUCGAGAUGGUCCCAGUGCUAUUAUGCCUACCUGACAGCAGUGUGUCAAGGAGCCACUGGUGAUGUGGAUGAUGCGCAGAAUGUAUUCAAGGAAGUUCAGAAGCUUUUCAAAAGAAAAAACAAUCAGAUUGAACAAUUCUCAGUCAAAAAGGCAGACAGAUUUAGGAAGCAGAUACCAACCAAAGAGCUCUGUGUGCUGGCAUCCAUUGAAGUGUUGUAUUUGUGGAAAGCCCUUCCAAAUUGUUCCUUUUCUAACCUACAACGUAUGAGCCAAGCUUGUCAUGAGGUUGAUGAUUCAUCUUCUGUUGGUUUGAAGAAUUUGCUUCUUGGUGCCAUACAUAAAUGCUUAGGAAAUUCUGAAGAUGCGGUUCAGUUCUUUCAGCGAGCUGUUAAAGAUGAACUGUGCCGUCAAAACAACUUAUACAUUCAGCCAUAUGCUUGCUAUGAACUCGGCUGUCUUUUGUUAGACAAUCCAGAGACUGUGCCAAGAGGCAGAAUCUUACUUCUCCAGGCAAAGGAGGAAUUCACUGGAUAUGAUUUUGAGAACAGAUUGCAUGUCCGCAUACAUGCAGCCUUAGCCUCUCUGAGGGAAGUGGUUCCACAGUGACAGCCGGGAAGUCUUGACAUAUUCUUUCCCACAGUUUCCGCACUUUAAGAUAAAGCAGAGGUUAAGCUUUUGGGAAGAUUGACUUUUCUUCUAAAAACCACCUGUGCCAGAGACACUUUCCUAGAAUGUUCAGAGUUGGUGUGACGUAGUAAAGUAUUACAAUCUUAAUCAUUAAAAACAAAAUAAGUCAGACAGAAAGAGAGGGUUAAGUGAUGUUGUGUUUUAACUCUUUCUUUAAUUUAAGCCAAGCUGAACACAUGUAGUCUGUGAUCGUAGCCUUACCUGCACAAUAAGCACAUAUCUGAUUUACCACAACAACAUUGGCUCAGUUUUAACAGGUAUCAUUUACCUGUUUUAAAUAUGUCUAAAAGAUGUUUUCUAGGGAGAACAACCUCAUGUUUGAUGAAAAUAAUUCAAUAUAAAUAAUUGUUGAAAAUUGUAAGUUUGGAGAGCUGCACAGAACUUUUUUUCCUUCAAAAGCCAACAAAAAAAGCGAGACACAAAAGAAGAAAACUGUUCAGCCAGGAUAAUAGCCAGUCUGCUCAUUAUAUUUACUGGGUUAAUCCAAUGUCUUGAUGCUGCAUACUGUGUGUAUAUUUUAAAAAACUUCCACCCAUAUUUGUGAUAAAUUAUGAAAAUAUUUAGGUUCUCUGCUUCUGGUAUGUUCCAGACAAAUAUUUUGUUUUUGACAUUUAGUUACUGUAUGGGUCAUUUUAGUUUUGUUCUUAAUGUUCUACAUGGUGCAUUGGCCUGCUAGGCUAGAUGUUCCAAAACUUUAGCAAAUUCUUUUCCACUUAGGUUGCUAAAUAUUGUAAGAUAAGGCAGUAACCUUAAAAAGUAAUUUUUAAACCCCCUUAUUUUGAAGUAAGGUUGUCUUACUGAAUGGUAUCACUUCCCUUACUUCCAUAUAUGGUACUCUAAACCUGAGAUGUUUAAAGUAUUCAUAUACCUCAGUCAGCUUAAGAAUAUUUGCCACAACCAUAUAACUUUAAAAACAUGGCCAAAAAGUGUAGUAAUACCGUAAUCUGUUUACCUGUCAGUCAGUAAUAUUCACUUUCUUUUUAUGUUGUUACAUUCUUUUUAGUAUUAUAUUUUAUGGAGCUGUACAUUUUACUUAUAAAAAAUGUGAAACUUGGCCAGAAUGGUAGUCGGUUCUGUCGCUUUGCAUAACUGAUGACUGGGUUUCCUUGGAAAUGUUUAACAUAAAGCCUUAUCUUUGCUUCAGCCAGGUUGCUUUAAAUGUUGCCUUAGCUCAAUUUCUUUCUCUCUCUCUCUCCUUUUGUCUCUGCAGAAUGUUUCCAAAAUGUAGUAUUUUGCCCACAUCUAACCUGCACUGGUUUGCUUCAGGAGUUGCAUCUCAAAUGAGACCUGAUAUGGAGUGGGAGAAGUAAUGCUGUAUAUUCACUAGGCAGGGAGAAAAGAUGAGGAUAACAACCUAUGCUUUCUAACUAGAAGUACAGAAUUCCCACCAUUAGGGAUUUACUUAGGCCUGGUCUACACUAGGGUGGGGGGUUGAACUAAGGUACGCGACUUCAGCUACGCGAAUAGCGUAGCUGAAGUCGAACUACCUUAGUUCGAAGUACUCAUCCGUCCAGACGCCGC